GCGAAUCAGCAUCAUCGACCACCAGCCCGUGCCCAUAAUAGUAUGACCAAUCAUCCUCACCCCCUUCCGCCGAGGCCCUCGGCGCCACCACCAGUGGCUCUGGCCAUUCCAGUGGCCACAGUUGGCACCUCCGUGGCAGAAGCGACACCGAUUACCCUCAGCACACGACAUCACCAUGCAUCCAUUCCCGUAGCUCAAGUAACGCCACUCGAUGAUGGAACAGCCUAA